AUGGCAUCAAAUUCGAGCAACUCCCCACAAGGCGACCAUGACUACUACCUCAUAAUCAUUGUGGUUCCGGUGGUGGGGUGCAUUUUGUUCGUCAUGGCCUCGCUGGCGCUCUGCUUCUACAUGAAGAAGAGGAACAAGAAAAGAAGCGUUCAAGAAAUCGACCUCAAACACAUCGAUGAACAUAUGAGAAUUCAAGAGGCUAUCGUUACGGACAGCCAUGGACGGAAAAAGACGGUGGUUUUGUCUGUUAAUGGUGAUGUUCACGUUGAUGAAGACAUCAUAAGACGAGAGAAGGAGUUUAUUAAUGUUGGUACAUCUGAGGUUGGUAGUGGUGAUCUUGAAGCAGGACAAUCUUCUUCUGGUGCCACCUUAGCCAAGCUUGAAAAGUCUUGA